AUGACGAGACAAAUCUCGCCGAUGAUCCAGGGCGUAGAAAAAUUUAUUACGAAACGCGGCACUAGGUAUCCAGAACGCGUCAUGCACCACACAAAGGCCAGUGUUUCCUUAAUGAUAGCUGGGUCAGCAGAUGGUCAGAUUUUACCACCAUACGUGGGGUAUACAAAGCACAAAAUUUAUAUAAUACAUGGAUUUCUCACGAGCCUAAAGGUGCAAGACGCUAUACAAGUGCUAUCUCGAAUACCAACACAAUCGAACAAUAGCAGUAGACAAAGGGAAGCAGUGGAUGAGUCUGUUGGAACUUUAUUAAAUGACAUGCGAUAUGGUAAUAUGGGUGUAAAAGAAUUAAAAAGAAAGCGGAAACUCGACGUGGUGGCAGGUAAGAGUGUUAGCGAAUCUACUGAGGAUUAUGUAGACUCCGAAGUAACACAAGGUUUCGGACCUUGUGUUGACAUCAAAACUACAAAGAAAAAUAAAAUAACUAGAUAA